AUGCAGGUCGUUAACAAUGAAAAGGGGAAGCUUGCUAUUGGCUCUCAUUCGACUUUCUACUGCGGUAACAAACUAUGUUAUGAUUCUAACAUUACAUCAUACCACAGACAAUCUGCGUCAUUUCUUUGCAACCUGGACAGAAGUACUUCCAAAGAUGCAAUAGCCGGGGUAUUUAACCCGAAUAAUUGGUUGUACGAAGCAGGGACACAGAAAAGAAGGACUACAAAGUUGUUUCAAAUCCAGUCGGACGCUAUUGGGUCCUGUAACGGACCCACCCAGUCGAACGCCAAACACUCGGAGUUUUCUGACUACACGAAAAGACUCGAUUCAUUCCGGCAUUGGACGGCGGUGUUCCCGCACCAGUCUCCCCAGCACAUGGCGAAGGAAGGAUUCUUCUUUCUGGGAACUCUGGACCGUGUCCGGUGCUUCUACUGUGGGAUAACUCUGAGGGAUUGGGACGAGGAAGAUGAUCCGUAUGAGGCUCACCUCGAAUGGUCGGAGGACUGUAACUUCAUCAAACAGAGACGGCAGGAGAAGAUCGUCGAACGACGACAGGUCGCACGGUUUGAGGGUGUGCACGGUAACAGACCUGUCGCGACUAUGACGUCACAGGAAAUGGCGCAAGGAUCAGCCGCAACUACGUCUUAUCCUUCAGAUCCGGAGUACGGGGUAACAAGAUCGGUAGCUUUCGCCUAUGAGUCUACAGCCUCAGCAGUGUCUGCUUCUUCAUCAACAGGAAUGUCUUCUGCAACAUCAACAGGGCAUGGAGCAACAUCAGCAACUAUGGCGUGUGAGACAACAGCAUCAACAGCCACAUCGUCGAGCCAAGAAGCUGGUGUUUGUGCCGCCCUGACGAAUCAAGAGCCACAGUCACAACUGCAUAGCACACAAAUAGAAGCGGUUAUAGAAAUGGGAUAUUCUUUGGAAGUCAUAGAAAGAGCUAUAACAGCGCGUCAUCAGGCCGGACUAGGUGAAUUUGCCGAUGCCAGGGAGUUAUUCGAAGCCGUGUUAGAACUGGAAAAGUAGGUAUCAGCGUAAACCUAAUUCCGUUAGGUCGUGUGGCGUUUGUAAUCAAUAUUAAUUAAAUUUGCUAGUCAUUAUUUCUCAAGGAAAAUAUAAUCAAGUCAGUGGUGCAUUGUUGUUAAAGACAUAGCACUUAACGAUAUUUGACUAAACUGAUAGGAAAUGUUGCGAGGGUCCCAUUUGGCGGAUGUUUCAAAAUACUACGGCCAUAUUUCAUCAAUUGUACACGACUCACCAUUUUUGGUAAUGGGUCACUCAACAAUGUGUUGAACAAAAACAAAAUGGAAGAAAAUAGGCAUAGACAGUAUAUAGUCUAGGGAUUUAUGUUAAUUUUUUGAAGGUUGCAUUUUUUUCUCUCAAGUUAAUAAACUUUUGGUCAUAUGUUCCUAUGACUUACCUGAACUAGAAAUCCAUUGGUAGCAUUUUUUCUGACCACUAUCAUGUCAGCCAUCUUGAAAUUCAAAAUGGCCGUCAUUUUCAUACAAUUUCGUUAUAUAUCUCCACUCCCAUUUAACAUAGAAACAUAUUUUUGGGGUCUGUUUAAACAUAUUAUGUUAGUGAAUUAAAAUAUUUUGUUUAUUAUUCAUCUCACAUGACAACCAUCUUGAAAUUCAAAAUGGACGUCUUUCCA